ACAAAUGGAUCCUUUGUGUGCACCUGUUUAUUUGGAUUUAACGGAGAUGGACGGAACUGCACAGACAUUGACGAGUGCUCACAAAUGAACAUGUGCGAUAAGAACGCCUCUUGCAGUAAUACCCAGGGCUCCUACAGUUGCGCCUGUAAUCCUAAAUACAUUGGGGAUGGUCUGAAUUGUAAAGCCGAUCCGUGCUAUAAUUACAGAAACCUGAGCGAUGCUGACAGAAAGAGCACUUACAUCACACCCUACGGUGGAGAAAAAUGUGACGACGAUUCCUCAUCCUUAAUAUUCGGGAAUUGGUAUCGUUUCGUGGGAGAUGCAGGAACAAAAAUGCCAACCUGGUGCGUACCGCGGUGGAAAUGUGGUACGGCCUCCCCAGGCUGGCUAAAAGGUGGUCACCCCACAUUGGCAGAUGAUUUGGAGGCAAAG